AUGUACCUCAGCGAGAAACUGCUUCCUCAGGAUGCCUUGAUCUUUCAAGACCUGGAUGGAUAUUUUUACACUAGAAUCUGGACUUUGGUGAGGCCGUUGGUGGCUUCCGACCUUGUCGCAAUUGAGAAAUAUGCACCGCUUGUAAGGCAUUUGGGCGUCAAAGAAGAAGGCCGCUUCUCGCGCUUUACCCACACUUACAGACUUGACGCAGUCACGUCGGAUGCACUGUCGCACAUAGUAGAGCGUUACCCCCACCCUUUUCUAUUCCCCGGUAUUCUCAGCCUGGACUGGCGGGUAGUUAUGCGACCCUGGUCGCACAGUGCGAUUUCAGACCGGGGUUCAUGGAAAGACUUGCUUGUAUACGUCGGGCCCAAACUGCGAGAGCUGUACCUCGGGAAAAAGGCCUACGCACCCCACAAGAGCGAUACCCUCUCAGGGCUUGCAGAAGUCUUGGACGCCGUCGGUAACCAAUUCAUUCAAGAACUCCAGCUCGGUCUUGGUGAUCAGUGGAAGCCUUGGGCCCGUCCUGUCAGUGGACAGCCACUCCAGCUCUCAUCACUUACCACCAUAGAAAUCGUGGAAGCGAGCGCAGAAUCCUACAUUAACUUCGCCAGAUUUGUUUCCCUGCCACAGGUGAAGUCAGCAACACUGUGCAUCACCCCAUAUCCGUCAGCGGCCCACCUCGGUGAUCUGUUCUCUGCUAUCGGCCAACAGUUCUGCCCUGACAGAUUGGUGAACCUGUCGGUUCAUCUACUGGAGUUCGAGCCCUCCAAUGAGGUAGCCCACGGUGCCAUUGCCCACUCGGACUAUCUGCGAUCCCUGCUACCUUUCUGUCAAAUGCAGAGGAUCGUCAUUGAUGCAGACUGGGAGUAUGGUCACGACGACGACGUCCUACAGGAGAUGGCCAAGGCAUGGCCAGGACUGAAGCAUUUAGAGUUUGCGGAAGCCGAAAUUCAAGUCUCGCGAUCGCAUUUGCACUCACCUGCUACAUUGCGGUCCCUCAUACCAUUAGCGACAUGCUGUAAGGACCUCUUAUCUCUCGGGAUCUGGUUGCACGUCGAUGUCAGAGCGGACCAUGAAGCGAUUGUGGCUGACAUCGCACAGGCGAUGCUAAAUCCUUCUUCGUCGCCCUUGGCGAUCCUUAAAGUCAGUCACUCCACAAUUGAAGGACUGCCAGAGGAUAUCGCUUCCUUACUCUCUAUCCUCUUCCCUGAUCUUCAAGAGAUCAUCGCAACUGGAGCCGACGAACAUGUAGAACGGUGGGGGAAGGUAGAGAAGCUCCUGCUUGCCGCUCGCAAUGCUCGAUUGAUGGAGUUGUGA